AUGCGAUCUAUGGGGCCCAAUAGCGUCAGGUGUUAUGCAGUCCUGAUGCUACUGAUUUCCAUCGGUACGGUGCAUACCUUCCGAAGGCAUCAUCCCCGACAACAAUCCUCUUUCGUGUCUAGAAAUGACUUCGACUGGCAUCUCGCCCGUGAAGUUUUCCAGCAUGAGAACUCGAACGUCGUGUUUUCGCCGUUCUCUAUCAAACUUUUGCUCACGCUGCUGUAUGAGGCAGCCGAGCCUGGAUCUACUACUCACACCGAACUCGAAACGGCACUGUGCGAUCCAGAUCUGAACCGGACGCGUGCCUUCUACACCCAGUUCCUGAACGCAUCUGCGCAAACGAACGGUGACUAUGAGUUUGAUAUUGGUACGAAGGUGUUUCUGGACAAAGUGCACGGGAAGCUUCCGCAAGUGUAUACGGAUUUGCUUGAACAAACCUACCGCACCUCGGUGGACCGUGUGACGUUCAACGGCACAAAAGCGACCACUGAUCAGAUAAACACCUGGUGUGAAAAGGUGACCCGUGGCCGAAUCACGGAACUAGUAACCGAAGACACGAUUCAGGAUGCACAGCUAAUCCUGGCAAACGUGCUGUUCCUGAAAGCAUCCUGGAAGAACUCGUUCCCCGACGACCAAACGCAUAAUCGAACGUUCAAUGUCACCGACGGCGGUAGCGUGAUAACCGAGUUCAUGCACCAGAUGGAUCUGUACGAUUAUGUCGACCAUGAGAAGCUCGGUGCGGAAGUGCUACGAUUGCCGUACAAAGGACGCCAGUUCAGCAUGAACAUGGUACUGCCCCACAGGAAUGUGUCCCUCGCGGCUCUAACCAGUUCUCUCACACCCGCCAUGCUCGACUCGAUAGCGCAAUCGUUUGUGCGCGAAGAGGUAACCGUGAUGAUACCAAAGUUCCGAUUCAACUAUGGCACGCUGCUCAACGAGGCCAUCCAGAACCUGGGAAUACGCGAUGUUUUCACGCGCAAUGCAGCACUUCCACUGCUUUCCCCUGCCGAUGACCAGGCACAAAAUGACACCAGCAAAACUUCUCUUCAGGUGUCGAAGAUACUACAAAAAGCGGGAAUUGAAAUCAACGAAAAAGGAACGCUUGCUUUCGCUGCCACAGAAAUUCAGCUAGUCAACAAAUUUGGCUACGAUGGCGAUCCAAUCGUGUUCGAAGCGAACCGACCAUUUUUGUUCUACAUACUCGAUGAGGAAACCAAUGCGCUGCUGUUCGUGGGAAAGGUGAUGGAUCCUUCGCACAGUACGCCCUAG